UUGGGAGUGCCGCAAGAGAUCCUUGCGUACACGUUGGGCGCCCUGAACCGAGGAGACUCCUUGUCCCAGAAAAUCCGAUCCGACCAGGCCCGCCGGGAUCGGCUGGAAGCGGAACUCAACGACAUCCUCGAACACAACCAGACGACCAUUCCGCGUUUGCUCGCGGCGGCAUCGCUCAGGUGUGAGCAGAUGAUAAUAUCGUGCGAGCUGGGGGGAGAGCCGGAAAUCCUUGAAGCGGACAGGUGUUGCUCGGAGAUCUUCAAAUCUCGACCGCUGACCUCGAUGGGCCCCUGCAUCUCCACCCACGGAUACACCCGCUAUCAGAACUACCCCGGAGCUUCCAUGGGACUCAGCGUCAUGCUCCGGGUCUUCAGCUCUUCCUGGUUAAACAGGAGCGUCCUGUCAGAUGUGGCCCAAGCAGACGGAUACAAGGUCAUCCUGACGGCCAACUACGAGUCCCCCUCACUUGCUGCCACGAUGAGGGCGCAUUCCAUCAACCCGGGCAGGAAGACGUUUCUAGGCAUCCAAGCCGUCAGGAAUUUCCGUUCUUCUCCCUUGGGGCACCCGACCCACCAGGUGGAACAUUCGGGGAUGAACGUCUACCCGGUGAGGUCGGACGCGUGCGGCGACGUGGACCUGACGACGGCUCCGACCAAAUCGGUUCACGACCUCAUGGAUGACUAUCCCUAUUCCUGGAACUGUGUCGAGAGGAUCUUCCGGGAGGCGACCAUCAACUCCUCGUGCAAGUGCUACCCUGCCGACACCCUUUCGUCCGAAGAGCUGCAGAACCUCAACCUAUCCGUGUGCAGACCUGAGACGUACAUGUGGUGCAUGAGACAGGAAGUGGCGAGCGACACGUAUGCUGACCUCGUAUAUGAAAGGGCUGCUCCAAUCGAAGGAGGCAAACGCUCGACUGCCCGAAUGUGCCCAGAGAACUCUUACCAUCGAGCACCUGCCACACACUUGGCGACGCCGGAAGAUCAGAUCCUCGCAUUUCCCACUCUCGCAUCGCCCUUCCCCAAAUUCCACCAACUGCCACACUCGUCUCAGUUCCUCGUGCCAGUGGGCCGCCGUGAAGAUGGAACCGAGGAUGUUGCGGAGGAAGUCAUGGAUGCAGCAGUCGGGGAUCCCCUGGACCAUCGAGCCCAUCCCCGAGAUCCCCAGCGAGUAGGUCUCACGGCGAUUCGCGCGAUCCUCGUUCCAAAUCCCUUCGCGAAAUCUUUCGCGGAUCUUGCGGAACGAUUCGCGCGAAUCUUGGAGGGGGCAGCUCGGAAGUCGCCGCAUCCCCCGAAAGAACCGAAGGCGAUCGACAUCUUCGACAAAGCGCUGGAGACAUUCUGCGACUGGCACGACAUGCACGGUCUGUACUUCCUGAGGAACAGGAAGAACCUGGGAAUCGUAAAAUGGCUCAUCUGGGUGGUGGUCGAGUGCAGCGUCAUCUCGUGGGCCCUGUACCUGUGCUACUCGCCCUUCACGAACCUGAUCAACGGGAAGCACACGGUGUCGAUGGAUAUGGAUGGCGCUCUGUUGAAGAGGAGGCUCCUGCCGGACAUCACCAUCUGCCCGACGAAUCCUCUGCGGGAAGAUGCUGCUACAGCUUUGGGAGUGCCUCAAGAGAUUCUGGCCUACUCGAUGGGCGCCCUGAACCGAGGCGACUCCUUGUCCCAGAAAAUCCGAAUCGACGAAGUUCGCCGAGAUCGGCUGCAAGCGGAACUCAACGACAUCCUCGAACACAACCAGACCACGAUACCGCACUUGCUCGUUGCAGCGUCGCUCAGGUGUGAGGACAUGGUGAUAUCGUGCGAGCUGGGAGGGGAUUCGCGGAUCCUUGAAGCGGAGCAGUGCUGCGCGGAGAUCUUCCAAUCUCGACCGCUGACCUCGAUGGGCCCCUGCAUCUCCACCCACGGAUUCAGCCGCAUUCAGAACUAUCCCGGCUCUUCCAUGGGACUCAGCGUCAUGCUCCGGGUCUUCAGCUCUUCCUGGCUAAACAGGAGCGUCCUGUCAGAUGUGGCCCAAGCAGACGGAUACAAGGCCAUUCUGACGGCCAACUACGAGUCCCCGUCUCUCGCCGCCAAGAUGAGGGCGCAUUCCAUCAACCCGAGCAGGAAGACGCUGCUCGGCCUCCAGGCCGUCAGGGUAUCCCUGGCUGGGAAGGAAAAUCGCACCGAAAUCCUCGAAGCUCUCGCGUCCUUUGCGUGCCUUCCUAACCGGGACCAAUCAGAGUUCAGAAAGGAAUUCCUGGAAUGGAUUCGUAGCGUAGCAAGGAAGGGGAACGAGAUAGGUUAUUUUACUUGCUUGCGGGAAAGAGCUGCUUAUCUAGCGCAUUCGACGAAAUCGCAUCCUUUUCAUCGAGGAGAGAUAGGACCGAUCGUGGUAGCUUUCGCGCUGACGAAAAUCUCCGUGGAAAAUCUCUCCCGAAUUUCUCCCUUGGGGCACCCGACCCACCAGGUGGAACAUUCGGGGAUGAACGUCUACCCGGUGAGGUCGAACGCGUGCGGCGACGUGGACCUGACGAUGGCUCCGACCAAAUCGGUUCACGACCUCGUGGACCAUUUUCCCUAUUCUUGGAACUGCGUGGAGAGGAUCUUCCGGGAGGCGACCAUCAACUCGUCGUGCAAGUGCUUCCCUGCCGACACUCUUUCGUCCCAAGAGCUGCAGAACGUGACUCUCCCCGUGUGCAGACCCGAGACUUACAUGUGGUGCAUGAGACGGGAAUUGGCGAGCGACGCGUACACGGAACGCAUCUAUGACAGGGCCGAGAAGGAAUGCAAGCCUCUUUGCACAGAAAGCUCCUACGAAGCACUGGUCACCUACGACCACUUGAAUCCCGCCUAUGUGGAAAGCGUGAUGAAGCAACUCGGACGUAAUCUGACGCAAAGUGGGGAUGUGGCGAUAAUCGGGGUUCACUACAACAUGCUGUCGGAACGCGUCAUCACGUACACGGCUUACGCCAUCAUCGACCUCAUCAGUAGCACGGGAGGCAUUCUCGGCCUCAUCUUCGGAGGCAGCUGCAUGACCGUCAUCGAGUUCAUCACCUUCAACGUUUGGCUGUCCCGCCGCUUCGUGAUGUGGGGGAACAAGCGGAUGCGAGAGAAGGAGGCCAGGAAGAUCGUCCUGGCGUCGCUGAACGCGGCGGCGCGAUCCAAGGGGACCAUUUAUCUCGACAAGCGGAAGUCGAGGGGACUGACCACUCGGGACUGUCUGUUCGUCUGAGUCGGUUGCAGGGGCUGAAGGCUUUAGGUGUCGUGAGGUAGAAUAAAGCGACGGC